AUGAGUGAGGUUUGUACCCCCAUCAAGCCCCACACCACGACAACACCCCCGUCAAGGCGCCGCCCCACACCACACAACACCCCCGUCAAGCCGCCGCACCACUACAAACACCCCCGUCAAGCCCCGCACCACCACAACACCCCCGUCAAGCCCCACACCACGCACCACUACAACACCCCCGUCAAGCGCCCGCAGGCGCCGCCACACACAACACCCCCGUCAAGCCCCACACCACGACAAACCCCCGUCAAGCGCCGCACAACGACAACCCCCGUCAAGCCCCACACCACUACAACACCCCCCGUCAAGCGCCGCACCACGACAACACCCCCCGUCAAGCGCCGCACCACGACAACACCCCCGUCAAGCCCCACACCCCUACAACACCCCCGUCAAGCGCCGCACCACGACACACCCCCGUCAAGCGCCGCACCACGACAACACCCCCGUCAGCGCCGCACCCCACACCCCUACACGACACACCCCCGUCAAGCGCCGCACCACGACAACACCCCCCGUCAAGCGCCGCACCACCACCCCCCACAACACCCCCCGUCAAGCGCCGCACCACGACAACACACCCCCGUCAAGCGCCGCACCACGACAACACCCCCGUCAAGCGCCGCACCACGACAACAACACACCCCCGUCAAGCGCCGCACCACGACAACACCCCCGUCAAGCGCCGCACCACGACAACACCCCCGUCAAGCGCCGCACCACGACAACACCCCCGUCAAGCGCCGCACCACGACAACACCCCCGUCAAGCGCCGCACCACUACAACACCCCCGUCAAGCGCCGCACCACGACAACACCCCGUCAAGCGCCGCACACGACAACACCCCCGUCAAGCGCCGCACCACCACGUCAAGCGCCGCACCACGAACACCCCCGUCAAGCGCCGCACCACGACAACAACCCCGUCACCCCGUCAAGCGCCGCACCACGACAACAACCCCCGUCAAGCGCCGCACCACCACACAACACCCCCGUCAAGCGCCGCACACACGACAAACACCACGACAACCCCCCGUCAAGCGCCGCACCACGACAACCCCCGUCAAGCGCCGCACCACGACAACACCCCCGUCAAGCGCCGCACCACGACAACACCCCCGUCAAGCGCCGCACCACGACACCCCCGUCAAGCGCCGCACCACGACAAACCCCCGUCAAGCGCCGCACCACGACAACAACCCCCGUCAAGCGCCGCACCACGACAACACCCCCGUCAAGCGCCGCACCACGACAACACCCCCGUCAAGCGCCGCACCAUGA